GUCCUCUCCCUCACUUCCUCAGCGGCCCGCGGGGGCGGCCGCCGGCAGCCGGCGUCCCUCGGCGGGGCGGGGACCGGGACGAGAACCGGGGGGGACCAUGAGCCAGCGCCGGGAGCCGUGUCCCGCCGAGCCGCCGGGAGAGGAGCUGGAGGCGCUCGGCUGGUACCACGGUAACCUCACUCGACACGCAGCAGAAGCGCUGCUGCUUUCCAAUGGGCAGGAUGGAAGCUAUCUCUUGAGGAAGAGCAAUGAAAGAGAAGACUUGUACUCCCUCUCUGUACGGGGAAAAGAUUCCGUGAAACACUUCCACGUUGAACACAUAGGAACCUCAUUCAAGUUUGGAUUUAAUGAAUUUUCUAGCUUGAAGGAAUUAGUCAUGCAUUUUGCAAAUCAGCCUUUAAUUGGCAGCGAAACAGGAACCUUAAUUGUAUUGAAGCAUCCCUACCCGCGGAAAGUGGAAGAACCUUCCAUUUACGAGUCCGUCCGAGUUCACACGGCAAUGCAGACGGGAAGGACAGAAAGCGAUCUUGUUCCAAACGCUCCCUCACUUGGCACAAAAGAAGGAUAUUUGAUAAAACAAGGCAAAAUAGUCAAGAACUGGAAGACGAGGUGGUUUACACUGCAUAGGAAUGAACUUAAGUAUUUCAAAGACCAGACAGCCACAGAACCGAUUCGAGCACUUGACUUAACUGAAUGCUCAGCUGUGCAAUUCGACUAUUCCCAGGAAAGAGUCAAUUGUUUCUGUUUAGUGUUCCCGCUAAGGACAUACUACCUGUGCGCGAAAACUGGAAUAGAAGCUGAUGAGUGGAUUAAAAUAUUGCGAUGGAAACUGGCGCAAAUACGGAAGCAAGUGGAGCAGCGUAACUCCGCUGUCAGUUCCUAGCCGUGCCCGCAGCGCCUCUGCUCCUCUUUGCCAAGGGGAGGGCAUUGCUUACAAGAGGACGGUUUCCAAUGUCCCCAGUACUCACGGUGGGCACACGUGCGUGUGGAUACUGCACACGGACACUUGCUUGCAGCUCUGCACACAAAGGAUUCGUACAGCUGAGCGCUCCCGGGCUGUCGAGUCACACAUGGAGACAGUUUCAAAAUCAGCGUUGGUUUGAUAUGCGUGGUCUAUGUCUGCAGUGCACUCUUGAUUCAAACAGCUGUUCACUCAUCGCAGAAGUAGCCACUGUUUAAAACUUUCGUGGUUAUUCAGAGCACUCUUGAUAACUUAUUGCAGGCUCCAUCACAACUAACCAUUAGCAGAGUAGUCUGUAACCUUGACCCUGUUGUUUAAAACCAGUCCUUCCUGGAAACAUUAAAUAUUCCUUUUGUACUACCUGUUUAGGCUCCAAACCCAAAGAAAAAUGACAGCAGUAAUUACAUCUUUGUAAACAAUAUCUAUGUUACAAUCCAGAGAGUAUUUCAAGGCCCUUUUCAAGGUGAUGGAUGAGUAACGGUUCUGGUCACGUAUGUUUUUUACAGUUCAGAAUUAUACCGCAGUGAUGGCUACAAAUGAACAGUUGUUUCAAACAGCAUCUAUAGGUAACGGUGAGCGGCACCACACGAGCACAGUUGCUUACAAACUAGGAACAGGCACCUGCUUCCCAGCACACAUGUGACAGAUCUGCCACUGGACUCCAAGGGUGGGUGACAGGGCUCUGCAGAAGCCUUUGCCUGUGGCAGCCACCAGCGUUGUUCACAGCUUUACAAGUUGGGCCCCUUACAGUCCCCCUUGAAAAUGGGCUGAAUUUUGUACUUUUUUGCCACGCAGAGAACUCAAAAUGAGGUUUUGUCCAGAACUACGUUCCAGAAUUAAGCGCUGCUUGCUUUAUAUUAAACAAGUAACAGAAAAGCACCACAUAAAGAUGUGGCAGGGCAGUGUCCAAGAGAUGCCUUUACUGUGAGAAGGCUGAAGAGGAGAAAGGGUAAAACAUACUGGAAGAAAAGAAGAACACAGAUUUGAACAUAAGAAUAGCAUUUUAUUUCAACUUCAAAAUAUUUGUAAAUAUUUUUUUUAUACAGACUGUUUUCUGAAUAAAAUGUCAUUAUAAAACUA